AUGUCAAUGAAGUAUUUCUGUGAGUGUCAGAUUGCUGUAAAUGUGUUGAUAAAUUUUGCCACCAAAUUAGGUCCUACUUAUUCUGGCAAUAUGGGGCAUGAUAACGAGUUCAAUCUUUUGUCGACAAAUGUUCGUGGGAUUCGCACUUUUGAAAAGCGGAAAGCUGUUUUUAGUUGGCUUGUAAAUUCCGAUGCUGACAUAUUUUUCUUGCAAAAAACAUACAGCGCUCGCGAUAUUGAAAAUAUCUGGAGAAAACAAUGGAAGGGCGAAGUGUUCUUCUCUCAUGGCAGCAAUCAUAGCAGAGGCAUUGGUAAGGGAUAAUUUAGAUUUCAAAGUACAUUCUAUCAAGGUAGAUUCUCAAGUCCCGUGCAAACGGACGCAACUUUGUUCGCCAACAACUCCCAACAUUGUUGGAUGUUACAUGUUGCGUCCGUUUGCACACCCUUUUGCAUGUUGUUGGAUGUUGUUGCGUGUUGUUGAGCAAAGUUUAAAACCGGUCAAACUUUUCAGCCAACAACUCCCAACAUUUUUUUUGUACCGUGAUCGCCAAAGCGUAGCGCAACAAUGUUGGAUCCGUUUGCACAGCUCUUCCAACAUUGUUGGGGCCGGGCACGCUCAUUACGCAUGGUUUACAAAGACUUAUGGGCUGUAUCCUUCCCACGAUGCACUGCAGGUCCCAACAUUGUUGGGAGUUGUUGCAUCCGUUUGCACGCCACUGCCAACACGCACGCAACAACUCCCAACAUUGCUGACGCAACAAUGUUGGGAGUUGUUGGGUCCGCUUGCACGCAGCCUCAAGGUCGCUACAUUUUUUCAGGAUUCACCUUACUUUAUUUUAAACAUUUACGCUCCAAAUAAGUGAAGUGAACAAUUUCUCUUCUUCAAAGACGUAUUGGAUAUUCUAAAAGGUGCAAGAGCGGAACAAGAUCACCCAUUUAUACUCGGUAGGGACUUUAAUGUCAUUCUUGACCACGUUAUAGAUGCGCAGGGCGGCAAUAGUAAAAGGAAAGACUCCAGAAAAAUUAUUGAUGUCCGCCAUAGUUAUUAGAGGAGACUGGUUAUGAAAAGCGGCAAACAUCAAUGAUAAAAACAACAGUGCUGCAGUUUAUGUUCAAAGCACCGUGAAAGUGCACAAUCCUUUGUUUUCUGUUGGCAAAUUGUUACGGAAUAAAUUAAUGCAACGUUUUUAUUGGUCAAUACAAUCAAAAUGAUAGGAAUUCUUUUGAACGUUGUGCACUUUCAGGUCCACAAAAACAUAUAACAAAGGAGUCUGACGGGUUUCAUAACCAUUCCACUCAAUUAACUAUGUGUCCGCUGAGCUUGAUUUAGUGGACAUCCGGCGCAUAAGAAACCCCACAGUUACACGUUUUACUUGGCGUCAAAAGAAACCAAUCAUACAAAGGCGCUUAGAUUAUUGGCUCGUAAGCCGUGAUGAUAGUUCACAAGAUGACAUAGAUUCAGUGGACAUUAAAACGUCAAAUCAGACCAUUCAGCAACAAUAGAUGAUCUUGAAAAAUGACCUGAUUUCUGGAAAUUUAAUUCAAACCUAGUAAAUGAUUCGGCUUAUUGUGAGCUUUUAACUAUUAAAGUAUAUGCCAGUUGGUUACAAGAAUUCAAACGUGUCUUAUGGGAUUUGAUUAAAUACAAAAUUAGACAGCAAACAGUCAGAUACAGCAAAACUAAAGCCCGCGAAAGAAGAGCAAAACUACAAAAGCUUGGUGAGGAGGAUAAAAAGGAAUGUAAGGAAAAAUGCGAUUCCGAUCCGAAUACAAGUUAAAAAAACUGGAGGAACUCGAGUGUCUUCGGACGGAAUAUGAUACUAUGUAUGAUUAUAUUACACAAGGUGCGAUCAUUCGUUCUCGGGAAACUUGGUACGAAUUGGGCGGGAGAAAUAACAAAUAUUUUUUGAAUCUAGAAAACUCCAAUAUAAAGAGAAGCACAUUGCGGAAAGUGUUUAACAGGGAAGUUCCGAAGGAAAGCUAACUACAGACCCUAAACAAAUAAUGAAUGAGUUAGAAGCAUUUUAUUCUGACCUUUCUGAUGGUGGUGCAUGUGCAAACACGGGGUCGUGUUCCUCAUUUUGA